UUCAUACAGGAUGUCUAUGACCAGGCUUCUUCUAGUGGGGCUGAUUGCUGUGGCCUGUGUGGCAGCACAGUCGGACUUAGAGAGAAGGACACAGGAGUUUCUGGACCAGUUUGAUGGGAACGCUACUCAUCUCAUGUAUCAGUAUUCCCUGGCAUCAUGGGCGUACAACACAGAUAUUUCCCAGGAGAAUUUAGACAAACUGGGUGUACAGAGCGCAAUCUGGGGAGAAUACUACAGCAAAGUAUCCAAGGAGUCGGAGAACUUUCCAAUCGAUCAGAUCAGUGAUCCAUUGAUCAAACUCCAGCUGACUUCCCUCCAGGACAAGGGCUCUGGGGUCCUGUCCGCAGACAAAGCGGCACAUCUGAACAAAGUGAUGAAUGAGAUGAGCUCCAUCUACAGUACAGGCACGGUGUGCAAGAGAGAAGACCCCUUCGACUGUCAAACUUUGGAACCAGGGCUGGAGAGUGUAAUGGCCAACAUGGACAGUGACUACUAUGAGCGUCUGCAUGUAUGGGAGGGCUGGAGAGUGGAGGUAGGGAAGAAGAUGAGGCCUCUAUAUGAAGACUAUGUGGACCUUAAGAACGAAGCUGCCAAACUCAAUGGUUAUGAGGACUACGGAGAUUAUUGGAGGUCCAACUAUGAAACUACCGAUGAGAGCCCGUACAACUACGCCAGGGGCCAACUGAUGACUGAUGUGAGGCGCAUUUACAAAGAGAUCCUCCCCCUCUACAAAGAGCUGCAUGCCUAUGUGAGGUCUAAGCUGCAGGCCAAACACCCUGAACACAUCCACCCAGAGGGAGGCCUACCUGCACAUCUACUGGGUGACAUGUGGGGAAGGUUUUGGACAGGUCUUUACCCCAUCUCAACCCCUUUUCCAGAGAAAACCGAUAUUGAUGUGACGGACGCUAUGAUCGCACAGAAAUGGCCUAAGGACAGACUGUUCCAAGAAGCAGAGAAGUUUUUCAUGUCGGUGGGUCUAUACAAGAUGUUCGAUAACUUCUGGAAGGACUCUAUGCUGGAGAAACCUACUGAUGGCAGGAAGGUAGUGUGCCACCCUACAGCCUGGGACAUGGGGAACAGAGAGGACUUCAGGAUCAAGAUGUGUACAGAGGUGAACAUGGACCACUUCCUGACAGCGCACCAUGAGAUGGGACACAACCAGUACCAGAUGGCCUACAGGAACCUGUCCUACCUGCUGAGAGACGGGGCUAACGAGGGCUUCCACGAGGCCGUGGGGGAGAUCAUGUCCCUGUCCGCUGCCACCCCCAAACACCUGAAGGCCCUGGGACUCCUGCCAGACGACUUCGUUGAGGAUAAAGAGACUGAGAUCAACUUCCUGAUGAAGCAGGCCCUGACCAUGGUGGCCACCCUGCCUUUCACCUACAUGCUGGAGGAGUGGAGGUGGCAGGUGUUCCUGGGGACCAUCCCCAAGGACCAGUGGAUGCAGCGCUGGUGGGAGAUGAAGAGGGAUAUGGUCGGUGUAGUGGAGCCCUUACCCAGAGAUGAGACAUACUGUGACCCGCCUGCUCUGUUCCACGUGUCCGGAGACUACUCCUUCAUCAGAUACUUCACCAGGACUAUCUAUCAGUUCCAGUUCCAGAAGGCCCUCUGUGAGGCAGCUGGCCACUCUGGACCCUUAUUCAAGUGUGACAUCACCAACUCUACAGUAGCCGGGGACAAGCUCAGGACGAUGCUGGAGUUUGGGAGGUCAAAGUCGUGGACCAGAGCCCUGGAGAAGAUUUCAGGAAAUGCGAAGAUGGACUCCGCCCCUCUCCUAGACUACUUCAAGGACCUCCAUGUUUGGCUAAUAGAAGAAAACAGGAAGAACAACAGGAAGCCAGGAUGGAGAGCAGCUGAAGACCCAUGUGAGUACCUAUAGAGUAGUGUCCCUAUCCAUACUAGGGCACUAUCUAGUAAUGCCUACAAAGUGAGGUUGAGUCUGAAAGCAGCAAUGGGUGACAAGGCAUACAUUUGGAACGCCAACGAGAUGUACCUGUUCAAAGCCAACAUGGCCUACGCCAUGAGACAGUAUUACCUUGAGGUCAACAAGACGGAAGCUCUUUUCACGACAGAGAACAUCCACACCUACAAGGAGACAGCCAGAAUCUCUUUCUACUUUGUUGUGACUGACCCUGCCAACCCUGCCGUGGUCAUUCCCAAAGCUGAGGUAGAGGCCGCUAUCAGGAUGUCCAGAGGUCGAAUCAAUGACGCAUUCAAACUGGACGAUAAAACUCUGGAGUUCGAGGGUCUCCUAGCAACGCUGGCCCCGCCCGUGGAGCAGCCGGUCACCGUCUGGCUGGUGGUGUUUGGGGUGGUCAUGGGACUGGUGGUCUGCAUGGGCUGUUACCUCAUUAUCUCUGGCUUCAGAGACAGGAAGAAGUGA